AUGGCGUCAGCAGAGGUGAGAAACACGUUUGGUCAAAUUUAGCGACAUUCCUCUUACUCGUGCGGGUUUGUAUUGUCAGCAGAUAUCUCGCACAAAAUUGGCCGAAGCAAAUGGAUAAAGCAAAACAUUGCAAAUUUGAUUCGCUGUUCUGCUGCAUAUACUUCCACCAUGAUACAACUCCAGAUAGAUUGCCCCGUUAUAAUUAAAGAAAGCAAAUUUGUUUUUUACAGGUACAUGAUGAUUAUCGAGGUUUUUGUAACUUUGUUUCUCGUUUGGUUCAUUUGGUAUUUCAUCUCAACCUAUAUGAGAAGAAAGAACAUGCCUGCUGGACCAUUUCCCUAUCCCUUCGUUGGCAACCUUCCUCAAAUCAUCUCUGCAGAUCCUAUCAGACCAUUUCAUAAACUAGCUGAGAAAUACGGAGAUAUUUUCACUGUUACUUUUCUUUUACUCGAAAGAAACUGGUAUUCCAGGCUUGAUGCUGAAUGUGGUUCUUGCGGGAGCAGCAACUAGCUCAACAUGGCUAACUUGGUUUUUUCUAUAUAUGGUCUUAUAUCCCAAAGUGCAGAGCAAAAUACACGAGGAAUUGGACGAAGUCGUGGGACGUGAUCGUCUACCGAACUGGAAAGAUGCAAAAAGUUUCCCAUAUCUUCAAGCUACCUUAUGUGAAGUCGGAAGGGCAUCAGGUACGACGGCGUUCAUCGGAACAAACACGAUUCGUGACACAACCACCGCUGGUUAUCACAUUCCAAAAGGAACAUUUGUUGGCCUGAAUAUUCCGAAGGUGCAUGAAGAUGAACGAGAAUGGCCAGAACCGGAGAAAUUUAAACCUGAAAGAUUUCUGGAUGAGGAUGGCAAGUUCGUCGGCUGGAAUAAACUACAUGGAUUCAUGCCGUUUAGCGUUGGUCGUAGAGAAUGCCCUGGUCAAUCGUUGGCGAAGAUAAUGAUGUUUUCUUUUUCUUCACUGUUAUUACAUCAUUACAAUAUUGAAUUGCCUAAAGGAGCAGAGACGCCAAGUACUAAAGUGACGACCCCGAAAAUCUUCUCUCUACCAGAUGAUUUUCUAGUUGUUGCAAAGCCACGAGAGUUGAAAUUACAAGACUGAAGGCAAAGCUUUCAUAUAAUUAUUGAUUUUUUUAAUGUUUAUUUUUUUGUAACAGUAACA